CUGACCAGUGUGCCGGGCGGGGCCAGCCCUGUGACGUCACACCGCAAAGCAUGCUGGGAGAGGAAAACUCCAGGAACCUGAGGGAAAGAGGAAGUUCUGCUGGAAACGUCCUGUAAAGAGGCUCUGAUGUCCGGACAGCGGGAGGGAGAGCCCCGGCAUGAGGAAGAGAUCCAGUCAGAGGACAACACCAGAGAGAUGUCCGCGUCCUCUCCUUCCACAGGACGGUCAGAUGACUGUACUGGGCGCUUGGAGAAACAUCUCAUAUCUACAUAUUAUAAUGCAGUUGAUCCAGGUGUCAUAUCAGAUACAUAUGAAGAGCGUGCCAUUAUCCCAGAUGUACCCUCAGACCUUCACAGCAAAAAUCUAUCAUCUCAUCCUUUAAUACAGGUCCGAUCUUUUAAUUUAUCACAUACUCUUACUCCGAAUGAAACUCACAGAAGAGGUUCUGGAACCCAAAGAGCUCAGAGAAAGCCGUAUUCAUGCUCAGAAUGUGGCAAAUGUUUUACUUGGAAAUCAGGCCUUCUUCAACAUCAAAGACAUCACACAGGGAAGAAGCUGUAUUCAUGUUCAGACUGUGGGAAAUGUUUUACUAACAAAUCACAUCUGGAAAACCAUCAGAGAAUUCACACAGGAGAGAAGCCGUUUUCAUGUUCAGAAUGUGGAAAAUGUUUUACGAAAAAAACACAUCUUGAAACCCAUCAGCGAAUUCACACAGGAGAGAAGCCGUUUUCAUGUUCAGAAUGUGGAAAAUGUUUUACUAGAAAAUCACAUCUUGAAAACCAUCACAGAAUUCACACAGGAGAGAAGCCGUUUUCAUGUUCAGAAUGUAGGAAAUCUUUUACUGAUAAAUCAAGUCUUGAGAGCCAUCAGAGAAUUCACACAGGAGAGAAGCCGUUUUCGUGUUCAGAAUGUGCGAAAUCCUUUAGUAGAAAGUCAGUUCUUCUUCUACAUCAAAGAAGUCACACAGGAGAGAAGCCGUAUUCAUGUUCAGAAUGUGGAAAAUCUUUUACUCGGAAAGCACAUCUUCAGAGCCACCAGAGAAUUCACACAGGGGACAAACCGUAUUCAUGUUCAGAAUGUAGGAAAUCUUUUACUGAGAAAUCAAGUCUUGAGAGCCAUCAGAGAAUUCACACAGGAGAGAAGCCGUUUUCGUGUUCAGAAUGUGGAAAAUAUUUUACUAGAAAAACACAUCUUGAAAACCAUCAAAGAGUUCACACAGGAGAGAAGCCAUUUUCAUGUUUAGAAUGUGGUAAAUCUUUUACUCGGAAAUUACAUCUUCAGAGCCACCAGAGCAUUCACACAGGGGACAAGCCGUAUUCAUGUUCAGAAUGUAGAAAAUCUUUUACUGAGAAAUCAAGUUUUGAGAGACAUCGGCAAAUUCACAUAGGGGAGAAGCUGUAUUCAUGUUCAGAAUGUGGCAAAUGUUUUACUCAGAAAUCAUCUUUAAAGAGCCAUCAGAAAAUUCACACAGGGGAGAAGCUGUAUUCAUGUUCAGAAUGUAGGAAAUGUUUUACUGAGAAAUCAAGUCUUGAGAGACAUCAGAGAAUUCACACAGGAGAGAAGCCGUUUUCGUGUUCAGAAUGUGGCAAAUGUUUUACUCAAAAAUCAUCUCUUAGCCAUCAUAGAAUUCACACAGGAGAGAAGCCGUUUUUGUGUUCAGAAUGUGCGAAAUCCUUUACUAGAAAGUCAGUUCUUCUUCUACAUCAAAGAAGUCACACAGCAGAGAAGCCGUUUUCAUGUUCAGAAUGUGGAAAAUCUUUUACUCGGAAAGCACAUCUUCAGAGCCACCAGAGAAUUCACACAGGGGACAAGCCGUAUUCAUGUUCAGAAUGUAGGAAAUCUUUUACUGAGAAAUCAAAUCUUGAGAGCCAUCAGAGAAUUCAUACAGGAGAGAAGCCAUUUUCAUGUUCAGAAUGUGGUAAAUCUUUUACUCGGAAAUGUCAACUUCAGAGCCACCAGAGCAUUCACACAGGGGACAAUCCGUAUUCAUGUUCAGAAUGUAGAAAAUCUUUUACUGAGAAAUCAAGUCUUGAGAGACAUCGGCAAAUUCACACAUUGGAGAAGCCGUAUUCAUGUUCAGAAUGUGGCAAAUGUUUUACUCAUAAAUCAUUUCUUGCAAGCCAUCAUAGAAUUCACACAGGAGAGAAGCCGUUUUCAUGUUCAGAAUGUGGAAAAAGUUUUACUCAGAAAUCAUCUCUAAAGAGCCAUCAGAAAAUUCACACAGGAGACAAGCCAUAUUCAUGUUCAGAAUGUAGGAAAUGUUUUACUGAGAAAUCAUCUCUAAAGAGCCAUCAGAGAAUUCACACAGGAGAGAAGCCAUUUUCUUGUUCAGAAUGUGGAAAAUCUUUUACUCGGAAAGCACAUCUUCAGAGCCACCAGAGAAUUCACACAGGGGACAAGCCGUAUUCAUGUUCAGAAUGUAGAAAAUCUUUUACUGAGAAAUCAAGUCUUGAGAGACAUCAGAGAAUUCACACAGGAGAGAAGCCAUUUUCGUGUACAGAAUGUGGCAAAUGUUUUACUCAAAAAUCAUCUCUUGUUCAACAUCAUAGAAUUCACACAGUAAAAAACCAAUUCUAAAUCCUUCCUGUAAAAUAUGCCAUGAAUUUCCAUAUUUUUUCUUGCUAUCAUUUAUAGCGAGAAGACUCUGCUUUGUUAUAAAAAUAUUGCAUGUAUAUUGAAGCAGGAAUUAAAAGAAAAUAUCAGUAUAUUCAGAAGUGUAGUUACAGCUGUUAUAAUUGUAGAUCUUAAAGGGGUUGUGCAAGAAUGAGGGGGUUUGGCAAACUCCCCCACUUUACUGGAUCUGUAAAGGGAAGAUUACUUACCUGCUUCCUGGUGCUGACUCUCCGCUCCUU